UAUCGAAUGGACAGUCGUUGACGCUGCGUGAUUAGCAUUACGUCUUCUUGUACGAUCAGUUUCCCCAAUGACAGACAAGAGGAAUCCUCGUCGCCUGGCAUGUUUGCCUGGUAGGGGCCGGCGGCACCGAUGCGCUCAGGUAGCUAGGGUGGACCACUUUGGGCUUCGCUGGCUUCUCGAUUUUGCAGUUACAAGUCCUUUCUUCCGAGGAGUGCGGCUUGACGCCGAUGCGGUGGCAGCCCUUGCUACCGUUUGCCAGCACCAACUUGAGGACGCUCUCGGCUCGCCGUCAACGAUACCGUCACGGAAAGUGACUUUCCCGGUCCCAGUUGACGACUUGCAGCCGAACGUUGAACUCCAUCAUAGACUCGCUCGAGUAGUUGCAAGAUUCUACACGGGCGUCACCAUCGGUCCUCCACGUUCACUUAAGAAAGACAUCUUAGUGUAUCUGAAAUGCAGGGGAUCUGUUGAUGCAAUUCGGCUGAUUCUGAAUGACCAAUCCAUUCCGUAUAUGGAGUUUCACGUCGGGCGGUCCAUCACGUCCGACACAUUCAAGGAUGAGUUCGUUGCCGCGAGGCUCCCAGACAGCCUUCCCUACUAUUCAGACGGAACAUGCGAAAUGACUGGAGCGGGAACCGUUCUACGCUACGUGUCAGCAAAGACGGGUUUAAUGGGAAGGUCACCGGAAGAAAGAAUAAAAAUAGAUUCCAUCAUUGAAUACGGUUUCUCUGUUCUUCAGUCGCUGUGGAGGGCAGAGUGUCAGUGCGGUGAAACACAGAGAAUAGGCCAAGAUCGAGCCAAAGCGAAGUUUGUCAAAGAGAAACUUCUUCCAGUUCUUCGAACUCUUGAUGCUCUGGUGCCGGCGAACGGCCUAGCUGCGACAUCAUCAGCAGCAGACUGUCAGCAGGGGGAACUGAGUGCGUUUGAGCCCAGGCGGCUACAACCAACAUGGGUACAGGACUUCUUCUCUGUCGCCGAUAUCGUCAUCUACUCGUGUGCUUCUUCUGUUGUCAGAGAGUUCGGACAGAGCAUCCUGCUGCCUUUUGUUAACAUUGUGAGGCAUUCGGAAGCUGUCGAAGGCUACAGGCCCAACAUCAAGGCCUUCUCGGAAUCACCUCAUCGUUACUGAAAGUGUGUACUGUUGGUGGAAGAGUGCCACCAACGAAACCGAAAGUGUUGUUCACUGUGUGAAAACUAGGGUCACUUUGAAAGGCGGCAUUUCCUCAAUUAUCUCUCUGUACCAAAACUCAAAACGUUGCGGGAAAACCGAUUCGGGCUUCCGCUGACACCCGACACGAUAUGUAAAGCAAUGCCAAUUUCACUGUGGUCUCCAAAAGAAACUCCUACAGUUCGAUCAUUCGUCCAACG